CGGGAUGUGUAAUUUAUUUGUCUGCUGCAUUUAUUUGGUUGAUUCAAUGUCCUUUCACCUCCUUUUCUUUCCAUUGUAUUUUCUCGCAGCAGCCCGUUCUUGAACUCAAUUACAACAUCCACUUGAAUCCGAUCUGACUCGAUCCAAAGACCAGCAAGAACGGUAGACCAGAUCCCAUGGCUUCGAACACUGCACAGGGAGAUGUGGACGAAUUUGACGACGAUGAUCUAGAUCUCGAAGAAUUAUUGGAGGUAGUGCAAACAGUAGAACAACAACACGCAGCAACCACGACCACGGCAGAAGAUCGAACUAUCUCAUUUGUAUCUUCAGAGGACGACCCUACCCCGCCACCUCCUUUGCCACCCUCCACUGCUUGCCACCACAAAUUCGACCCAGAAAAUUUGAGGACAUGGAUUUAUCCAGUCAAUUACCCUCUUCGUGGUUACCAGCUGAAUAUUGUCAAAAAAGCCUUAUUUCACAAUACGCUCGUUGCUUUGCCUACCGGCUUGGGUAAAACAUUUAUCGCUGCCGUUGUUAUGUACAAUUACUAUCGCUGGUUUCCCGAAUCCAUCAUUAUCUUUAUGGCUCCUACACGUCCUUUGGUCGAACAGCAAAUCGAAGCCUGUCAUAAAAUUUGCGGUUUGCAGGAAACAACUUUAUUGAUGGGUACCACCUCAGCGGCCAAACGAACACUUUUAUGGAGGGAUAAUCGCGUAUUUUUUGCAACGCCUCAAACAGUUGAAAAGGAUAUUGCUUCGAGACAGUUUCCCUUGGAGAAGGUCGCCUGCGUCGUGGUGGACGAAGCCCAUCGGGCAACCGGCAAUUUCGCUUAUUCCGUCGUUAUUCGUAAGCUAGCACAGAGGAACAAGCACUUCCGCGUGUUGGCAUUGACAGCUACGCCUGGCUCCACUUUGGAUGCAGUGCAGGACGUCAUCACCAAUCUUCAAAUCACAAACAUACAAAUAAGAACGGAGGACUCGAUGGAUAUUCGCGAGUUUUCGCACGGCAAGAACAUUCAAAAUAUCACCGUUCGACUCGAUUAUACAGAAGGGUCCACGGGUCUCUUGCCUCGCAUCAUCAAUGACUACAGAAACAAAGUGUUUCAGCCCCUGUUGGAUGACCUUGCUCGCAAGCCUAGCGGUGUGCAGCCGGAUAUAGAUCAAGUGACACCUUAUGGAUUGAUGAGCAAACGGAAUUACUUCAUGGCUACGGCAAAGAAUCUCAACGCCUCACUGAAAUUUAGCAUUUUUCAGUCUUUUCUUAUGGCAGAGGCUGUCUGCCGUGCUUAUGACAGACUUUGCCAUCAUGGUAUCGGUUCGUUCGUCGACACGGUUCAAAAUAAACUUGAAGAGUUCAAAAAAACGGAAGAGAGUGGGAAAAAGUUGAAAAAAGCCGAGAUCGCUUUCAAGAACAAUCAUCAUUUACAGAACAUUUUGACCAUGGCAAAACGAGCUAUGGAGAACCCGGAUUUUGCAGGUCACCCCAAAAUUGAUCGAAUGGUAUCGAUCCUUAUCCAUCAUUUCACCAGUUUGGCGCAAGGCGAAGCGUCGAAAGUGAUGGUUUUCUCCACUUACCGAAGUUCAGUGACGGAAAUUUGUAAAGUAUUAGACAGGCACAGGCCUAUUAUUAGAUGCUCCCCUUUUGUUGGUCAAUCGAUGGAUAAAAAAGGUGCAAAAGGAUUGAAUCAGAGAGAGCAGCAAGAAGUCAUUCAAAAGUUCAAAAAGGAUGAAAUCAAUGUCAUUGUGGCCACUAGUAUUGGUGAAGAAGGCCUUGAUAUUGGUGAAGUAGAUUUGAUUAUUUGCUAUGAUUCUGAAAGCUCACCUAUUCGUAUGUUGCAAAGAAUGGGGCGGACAGGUCGCAAAAGACAAGGAAAGUGUAUUCUUCUAUUAACUCAAUCCGAAGAGAAAAAGUAUGCGCGUGCAAAAGAAGCAUAUGCCAAGAUUCAGCAAUUGAUCGCUCGUGGUUGCAACUUGAACUAUUACAAACCUAAUCCGCCUGUGCUUCCUGCUAAUUAUAAGCCUACUAUUUGUCGCAAAGUACUAACAGUCAGACCUUAUGUUUCAAGUACAUCCGUUAACAAACGGAAGCGUAAUAAUCAACAGACCAAAUAUACUGCAGAAGGCUAUUUGCAACCGGCAGCUCAGAGGACCUUCAUUGAGAGUUUCUCUGAUAGUCAAGGCCAGCGCUUUACCAAUAUUGAAGAGAUCAAAGAUCGGUAUUGGCCUGCGUACAACACAAAGAGAAGUUUGAGUAAAUACUUACCUUUACAAGCGCAAGCGAAAUCGACCUUCCGUGUGGAUCAUAGUCAUCGUACCAUUCGAUUUACUGGCUUGAUCAACCGUAUCGAGCAGCGUAUUUUAAACCCUGAUAAGCGUAUUCGUUUGAACGUGUCGUCUACUGGCAAUGACGACCGACCAGGCGACAACAUACUAGUACUUCCCUCUAAAUCUAAACCGUCUAUAAGCAUUGUUACAAGGAAAAGUAGCAAGGCUACUGUAAAGACAGAGCAAAGAAGAUUGCAUGAUUGGCAAAAUGAAGCUGAUAUGGCCGAAUUCAUGGAACAGCAAAACAUACGUCAAAUUGUUGGCAUCGACAAUGAGAGCUCGUUUGAAAAUUCGUUUUCUUUAUCUUUGCCCUUCAAUGAAAUUGAACAACCUAGAAAGGAAAGCAAGAUACUCCUCUCACCUGUGCGCAACAUGCCAACGAAGGUAACGAAAGGAAAAGAAAAACAGUGAAUCAUCGUGGGAGCCCAUGCUACCUGAUAGCUUAUUUAUGGACGAUACUUUAACUGGGCCGCAGCUCAAAAAAAACCAAAGCGGGAAUGAUGCAAAAGAACCAUCCCUCAGCCUAUUCUUAUCACCUGAACCACCACCUUU